AAGCAACAUCAAGUCCUUGUCUUGAGCAAGCCUAGGCCAUGUUGUGUCUGCGACUUGCUAUUGGCAAGAGCUAUAUAUCACCUUUAUACGCACAUAGACAAACAUGCGAGAUAUCUGCUGUGUAAGCCGCGCGUAACGCCGCCAAUGUACUCGAGAUGCGUAGCCGCGGAUCACGCCAGUGCGUACUGAGUACGCGCUCGUGUCUGUGUGUUCAUGCAAGCCCAUAGCGAGUAUCGAGUUGUAUCAAGGAAGAAGUGGUGGCGAGGCGAGACGCUCACCUCGCCUUCUGUAGCAGUGUUAUUGUUGGUGACGACAUCUGGUCAAGAGGGCCUAACCGUACUUCGAACAAGAGGGAAACAGCCAGGAAACCUUUGUUAGGAGUGACGCAGAGGCCACGUAUCAACCACACCAACAACACGAAUCUCGCGUGGGAACGGAUCAGAAGCUCCUCAAACUGCGCGUGGGUUUUGGCCAUCCACGACGUGUUGAUGAGGAUGGCUUGAAAGUCUCGCGGACUCAGUCGUCUCCCUUGCGCACAGUAGAACAAUACCAUCUACGUCUGGCUGUUGAUGAACCUCCUCAUACUCUCAGCGGAAGGAAGACGCGCUUUUGUGGAGGAAACAAUUAUCUUGGUGUCCUUGUCAACUCGCAAGGCGGAGCAGUGUUCAACGGUCUAUCCACAUCGGAAGUCGCAGAAAGGGAUGUCUCUCCCCGUAGCGGUGUGGUCUAAUGUUCAAGGUGUUUGAUGAACUAUUCUCGACAGAGGUUACCGACGAAGCGGUGGGAUCUGGACUCGCCAAUUAUUCCUCGGCGCUGAUCAGAAAUUAGCUGCCACAUCCGGUGAUCGAUAUUGGAUAAGUGUGUUUGUUGGAUCUGGGAGAAACGUUGCUGAUAUUGUCGAGUUUGUAAGCACCUCUUCCAGCUUCCUGGACGAGCAUCGACUUCGCAUAAGCGCGAGGCGUCUGGCACAUUGUGAGCUGCAGUUGAGCGGAGCAGCUACCCUGAUUCUGCAACCUGUUGUGCAGCAGUGUGUACGUACAUGACCUCGGUCGUCCUGAGGCAAUGAUGGAUCAGUACUGUAAUAUUCUACUACUAACACUACUGCUGGCCAGUGUGUGUCACAUAGCACUGAGCCAAGGUGUACCAACUACUGCUGAUAGGGCUACUGCUGCUAGUGCUGCUGCUGCUGCUACUGCUGGUACUACUGUAUCUGAUGCAGUGACUACAACAACAGCCACAGUGCCUGUGAGCAGCCAGAUGCUAUCAGCAUGUUCUGAACCUGACGGACCGGAAAACGGUUCAUUUGUUCCGGCAAGCGGACCGUUUCACAUCGGCGCCGUUGUGCGCUAUCGCUGCAAUGCCGGACACAUCCUGACGGGGCGCAGCGGCCGUGUGUGCACGGAGCUCGGUCCGCUGGGGAUCAACAGUGCCGUGCCCUCAACGCCACACCCGUCAGCACUCAAACCCGUCCUGGACAGUCCGUACGUGAAUACGAGCAGCAAUGCGUCAUCGGCUACUGGUGGUGGCGGCGCAGGUGAAGCUGGCCCAGUGACUGCUGCCCCACCAGUGGGAAGAUGGUCUGGGCGUGCACCGCGGUGCAUAGAACCAUCGUGCGGAGAUCCCGGUGCUCCGGAGAAUGGCUACCGUGUGGCAGCGGGCGCUGGAGGUAUGUUCAUCUACAGCUCACUGGUGAUGUGGGGUUGUCGUCAGGGAUACGUCAUCGUCGGUCAGAGCAUCAGCCGCUGUGUCAACAAUGGCAGAGACACUGUGUGGGACAAGCCAGUACCCCAAUGUAAACCUCUGGAGUGCUCGGGCCCCAGUGCGCCAGCCAAUGCAAGAGUUAUCUUCGACAGAACUCGUAGCCCCAGCUCUGGCCUGUACAAGUUUGGAGACGCUGUCAGGGUACAGUGUCUUGAUAGCUAUGGCUUUGUGGAGCCAGCACUCUUCGGCCGAGAUUCAGCGCUGAUGAGGUGUGGAAGGGAGGGAACAUGGGAGCACUUCAAAGUGAAAUGCGAACGUAUCAAAUGCCCAGACAUCUCAACCCUGAACCAGGUGGGCUACUAUCGGACAAGUCUACUGUUCCCGUCAGCAGGUAGCAGCAUUACAUUUGGCUGCUUAGCAGACUUUGAGCUCCGUGGUUCGGUGUAUCGGGUUUGCAGGAAGAACGGCACAUGGUCGGGAAGACCCACCAGUUGUGAGAGGUUGACGUGCAGCAAGCUAGACCAUCCUGCACAUGGUGAAUGGUCGCGGUUACAGACAUACAGCGGUAGUAGUGUCCGGCUGACCUGCACUACUGGAUACACACUGAUGGGCACCGGAGUACUAACAUGUGCUAGCGAUCAGAAGUGGUAUGGAUCUCCGUCGGAGUGCGUCGAUGGCUAUCGCUUCUACCCGCCCACCGUAACAACACCACAGCAGCGUACAGACAAUGGCAGUACACAGGGCGGUGCUGCCACACCGCUGAACAUUGACUUUAAGCACAACCCUGUCGUGUUCAGCUCACCAAUGACGAUUGUUAUCGCUGUCGGCACCGGCAUCAUUCUCCUACUUCUUGUCAUCGUGGGCAUCAUGUGGCUGAGGCGCUGGAGGCGACGACGGUUAUUACAAUCACCCAAGGAUGAGAAAAGUGACACGUCGUCAAGUGCAUCAAUACAGUACAAUCCUGGAGCGUUCGAUUGCGACAAGACCAUGAUAUCCAUGCUGAGCCGUGGGAUGGGUUCCUCUGACAGCGACGGUGCUAACACCUUGCCAGUGAUGGACCAGCCGUACAAAACCUCCACUCUCAAUACGGUUAUCGAGAGUGACGAAACCAGCCAGGCAACCAGCGAUAGGCUGCAGCCGCCUCGUAGCAAUAGCCCCGUGCCGUCCCCAUCGAAAUCCGAAAGCAUCUAUGAUAAACUGGCGGAAUCGCGUCAUGGCUCCAAUGCAGUUGAUCUCAAGCAGAUGGUCGGGAGACUGGCGUUUGCCCCGAUGACGGACGAUGAGAAGGAAAUUGUCCUGGCCACACCGAAUGAACUCGAGUAUGACAUACCGGUGCUGGAGAGUUGUGACGAGUCGGAUGAUCACAACAUCUAUGACGACACGGUAGCCAUGCCGAAUUUGUACUCCGAGGCCCACUGCCACGUCCAUAUUUAUGAUACAACGGACCUUCAACAUGGUGGCGGCGACGGUGAACUGGACCCGUAUGCAUACAAUGGUGUGGAUGGCGACGAAGUUCACGAACAUCCGGAUACCUGGUACUCGACACCGCCGGAUCUGGAUGAGAUUUACACCGACCUGGCGGAAGACAUUGCACAGAUCAACGCACGCAGCACCACAGACACAGCAGACCCUGAACUGCCAGUACGGAACAUCACACAAAGUAGCAAUGCUGCUGCUGCCUUUCAUCCCCAGCCGGCACCACUCUCUAGUGCUCCACAACCAUCGGCCUUAGAGCACAGGCCGUCCAAAAAGUCACGUCGUAACUCCAAAGCCAAGUCGAUGAUGGUCACUGAUAGCUUCCGACGCAUCCUACAGAACAAACGACGGCGAAUAUCAGUGGGAAGCAGCUACGAAUCGGCCAUGCAGCCAAGUGAUAGCUUCACCUGGGUUCGAGAACCAGACAAGCAGCAACCCACUGCAGCACGGCAGGCCGCCAAUGAGCCUGAAGAGCAUAGAGUUACGUUUGAUUCUAGCAAGGUGAUCCUGGCAUCGUCGAACUCAGAAUACCACCAACCUAUAGAUAGCAUAAAUAUACCGGUGCCACCGGAAAGUAAGGAAUCCCCACAGCAUUACUACCGACAGCCGGUUGACAGUCUGCCGAGGGGCAUGGCACCCAAGGACUGUCUGCAGCAGGCUGGAAGUCCUGGUUUUCCACCACCGCCGCCUCCCGUUGAUCUUAUUCCCGUGGAGUCUAACCUGGCUGCGUCCAAUCCUGGACUUGAGUACUCGUCAUCGGCCAUAGUCGGGCCCAACAAACCGCCCCGAGUGCUCAAGAACACCGGGCUGGUCAAACGGAGACAGUCACAGAGCCGCAUCAGUACCAGCCGAUCCACUGCCAGCCGCCCAAUGUCCCUUCCCAUCGGACCUGCCUCUUCGGUGGUCAUUGUCAAGAGCGAGAAUCGGAAAUCCAAGCCUGUCGUCGCUGCUAAGCCGCGGACGGCACUGAAGCCUCCGCAUCUCACCGCCGGUAAUAGGGUUGCGCCCAAACAAUCUGUGCUUGUUGCAGAAUCAGGUGACGUAUAUAGAUUACCGUCGAAACACCACGCUGCUGCAUAGGCUCACUUUACAAUGUCUUGAGUUUAGUACUGUCUAAUGAAGUGCAGUGCCUAGGAAAAGGGCGCACAUCAGCAGACUCGAGUAACGAGUUUACCCAAAUGUUGUCCUUUAUACGCGAUAGAUGACUGCUCGGUCAGAAAAGAAUCAUGAUCUUGAUACAUCUGUAAUAAUUAUUGUCUGACUAACAAAAAGAUUUUUUUGCUUCGCUGACGCUUAUCUUCACUUCCCUUGUUCACCUCUCUCUCUUCGCUCUUCUGGCUGCAUUCUUUGUAGCACUCCUCUAUAAAAUUUAAUGUACGCAUCUGUCUUCUA